AUGGCUGUAUUUGAUGUCACCAGUGGAGCCAAUGAACUGAAUGAAAUUCAUCAAUAUGAGAUGGGAAGAUACAUUAGCAGCAAUGAAGCAGUCGUCCACCUUGAAAAUGGCCAGAGAGUGUACUUCACUGAAGAAAAUGCUGCUGAACGGGUCCAGGCACCCCAGGAAACAACGCUCACAUCUUCUUUCUUCAAGCUGUGCACCCAAGAUAACUUUGCUCGCAAUUUACUUUACAACCAAAUUCCAAAGUACUACACAUGGAACAGCAGGAACAAGAGUUGGAACCGCCGUAAACAAGGACAAAUUGUUCCAGAAGAAACAGGAAUCCGGUCUACUGAUGCUCUUGGCCGUGUCUACCCCACCGUCCAUCCCAACAACUCCGAAUGCUUCCACCUUCGCCUAUUACUACAUGAAGUUAGAGGCCCAACAUCAUUCACGGAUUUGAGAACCGUUCAAGGAAGAGUCUGCAACACUUUCAAAGAGGCCUGCCAACUUCAAGGACUUCUGGAGAAUGACGAACACUGGAACACGGCGUUAGAAGAAGCAGCUGCAUCUCGAUCACCCAAGAUGAUGCGUAAUCUGUUUGCUGUAAUGCUUCAAACGUGCUCCAUGUCGGGCCCUGAACAGUUAUGGAUGAACCACAGGGAGAACCUGUCUGAAGACAUACUGCAUCAAGCAAGGAUCCAGCAGCAGAAUAUGGACCUGGACUACAGUGACGACAUCUUUAACAGAGCCCUAAUCUACAUUGAGAACAAGAUAAUAUCUCUAGGAGGAUUGAACCUGAAAAGCUUUGGACUUCCCCAACCUAACAGAAACAGCGAUUCUGCCAUUUCCAGUGAAGUAAUUAGAGAACGAAGUUAUAACAUGGAUGUGCUCGCAGCUUAUAUACAGGAGAAUGAGCCUAAAUUGGUCCAAGAUCAAAAAGAAGCCUUUGACAAGAUUACUAGAGCAGUUUUUGAUAGGCAAAGGGGUAUAUUCUUUUUGGAUGCGCCAGGCGGAACCGGGAAGACGUUUCUUAUCAACCUUAUUUUGGCAAAGGUGCGGCACAGAAAUGAGAUUGCCCUGGCUGUCGCUUCAUCCGGCAUUGCUGCUACACUCUUGACAGGUGGUAGGACUGCUCACUCGGCGUUCAAGUUACCCUUAAAUCUGACAAGCACAGAGACUCCAACGUGUAACAUCCCAAGGAAUUCAGGAAAGGCAAAGGUUCGACAGGAUUGCAAGCUCAUCGUUUGGGACGAGUGUACCAUGUCCCACAAAGCCGCAUUCGAAGCAUUAGAUGUCACCAUGAAAGACCUCAGACGGAACAAUGACAGAAUGGGAGGCGUCGUAAUGGUUUUGGCAGGCGAUUUUCGACAGACGCUACCAGUUAUUCCGCGUGGAACGAGGGCAGAUGAAAUGCAGGUCUGCAUAAAAUCUUCUUACAUGUGGAAUGGCAUUCAAACACUUGGAUUAUCGACUAACAUGCGAGUUCAUCUCAACGGUGAUCCCUCUGCCCAAAAGUUUGCAGAUAAUCUACUGAAACUAGGAAAUGGAGCCCUUACUUCAGAAAAUGAAGAUGGAUAUGUAGCGAUGCAAGGCAUUGGAAGGAUUGUGACUACUGAAGAAGAACUGAAAGAGGCUGUGUUUCCGAAUGUGAUUCACCACUUCACUGAUCACGCAUGGCUGUGCGAAAGAGCAAUUCUUGCCCCAACAAACGAAGCCGUCAGUGUUAUCAACAAGGCACUUUUACAGAACUUACCCGGAACUCUUCAUAUUUACAAAUCUAUAGACACGACAUGCAAUAUUGACGAGGCUGUCAACUAUACGACAGAGUUUCUCAACAAAUUAGAGCCACCUGGAGUACCCUCCCACAUAUUGGACUUGAAGGUUGGAGCAACCGAUAAUUCUCCUCAGGAAUCUGGAUCCGCCUGCACUUUGCAAUGGAACAAGACUUUCUAUCAAGAAACUGAUGCCAAAUAUUAUAGAAGCCACCAUCAUGACCGGACAUGCUGCAGGCGAAGAUGUGUUUAUUUCAAGAAUUCCUAUAAUCCCUUCCGAUCUCCAGUUUCAGUUUAA